GACUAGUUUAGUUUGGGAUUAUGUUUCGCAUAGACUGGUUGAACCAAAGGGUCUGUUUCUGUGCUGUACAUCCGUAUGAGUCUAAAUGGGACUUAGAUCAGUUUAGGAUUUAUGAUCGGCGUGGAAGAGAUGGUUUGCUUGCUUUACAACUCUAUGACUCUGAAUUUAAUCAUUCACCUCAUCUCGACCCUUCAUGAUUUCAUGAGGUCACCCCUGAACCUGCUGCUGUCCAGGAGACCCCAGCCCAUUCAGUCUCUCCUGACACCCUGGUACAUCUUUGCUCUAUGGAAACAGACAUGCAAACAUAGAAGCCAUGCACAGGUACAGAUAGACAGAGGCAAUGUACAGAUACAGAUCUCCCCUUCCCUCCCCAUGGGAUUUUGGGUGGGGGGUGGAAGGAGAGAUGGCAAUGGGGAAGAAAGGGGUGGUGUCUUCUCUCGAAGCAGCCAAUCAGAGAGCCUCUGGCAGGGCACAGGGGCACCCACGUGUUGCGGUCGAAUUGCUACAUGCAACGGUACACGUGUGUUGGCAACAUUAGUCAGGUUCCCAGGCUCAGACUGCGAGCGGAGGAGCUGGGCUACUGGAGUGGAAUAGCCCCGGAGACAGGGGGAACAUAGAGAGAAAUCACAGCAACUGAAACCAGCUAAAUGGACUCGACUGGGAGCAGGGCUUCUCGAGAGUCCGCGGAGGGGCUCAGCAGCGAGGACGACGGCGACGGCGACAUCUUCCUUUCCGACAGCGACUCCGACCGAGCCCUGGGCCCCGCGCGGCUCCCUCCGCGCGGCCGGCCCGCCGGCGGGGCGCCUCGAGCCCUCAUCCCUCACCCCAUGUCGGCCUCGCACCUCAAGAAGCCGCUGGAGAACAUCUACUUUGCCUCGGCCCCCGCCAGGCCGCGCCCGCCGCUGCCAUCAUGGGGGGGAGCCUGGAAACUCUCCCUCGACGGUGGCCACCAUCUCGGUCAGUACCCGCAGAGGUUCCGAAGCAGGGGGGGCCUGAAACGGAGAAGGGAGUGGGAUACAUCCGAGCAGCAGGGGACCGUUUGGAGUGAAAAGGCACCUCGCGCCAGGACCGGAGGGGACCUACUUUUUGCACAGAAGUGUAAGGAACUUCAGGUGUUUAUCCGGCCACUCACUAUCCUCCUCGAUGGGCUGAAGACUGGGCGCUACAAUAAAGGUCUGACCAGUUUCCAGCAGAGCGUUGCUAUGGACCGGAUCCAAAGGAUCGUGGGAGUUCUGCAGAAGCCAGGGAUGGGGGAACGUUAUUUAGGGACGCUGCUUCAAGUGGAAAUGAUGCUGAAGGCUUGGUUCCCUCAUGUCACCACGGCAACGCCAGGCCCCGAAGGCUCCGGGCCUGCAGGAAGUGAAUGCAAUGCACGAAAGCACGUACGGACCAUGUCUUCGGAGACCAGUUCCUCAUGGGCAUCGCUGUCCCCUUCCUCGUUCCGAAGACCAUCCUUCAGCGACGGUGCCCCCCAGGAGUCAGCAGACUGUACCCCUCCCUGGGAGGAGAGGCCAAAGCUCAGGGCAGGCUGGUGGAAAGGGCGGUUUGGCGUGACGGCCCACUGGAGCGUCCCCCAGACCCUGCGGUGCCCUUCUUUGGUCGUGCAGGACGGCUCGGACCUCUCCUCCUCUGCAGCUCCUAUUGCUACCACUGCCCACCCCAGAGCCGCCUGGCCGGUCCCAGGGGCCUGGGCUUCCGUCUUCAAGAGUUCGGCUUGCCAGGGGCAUCCAGGCAGGAGCAGCAGUGCCCCACCUUGUGUUCCUGCUGCCCGCAGCUCUGCCACAUCCUGGCCCCUCGUCCUGUCGUGCGGUUCCGUUGUGCUGUUGGAUCUGCCAGAGGAUUAUGGGAGACAGAGCCAGAAGUAGGCCCAAACUCAGUCAGCUCAGGCCUCCUCCCAGGGAUUCCUGUUUUUUUUUGGAGAGAAUGGGGAAUAUCCAAAAGACUUGCGUUUUUAUGGUACCUUUAGUCACCUCAGGAUCUCCCGGUCAAUGAAAUUUGUGUAAUCACUGUAGGAAAACAGAACUGAUAGACACACAGCAAGCUCCCACGUAACAGUGGAGAAUUGGUUUGCUAUUGGUUGAAGCAUUAAUAUCGGACACGGGGGAAGGAGAACUCCUCCCGCAUACAGUCUUCCUCAAAGUGGCAGUAGGAUUUUUUUUUAUGGCCACACGAGAGGAUGGAUGGAGACUUAGUUUAUUGGCGCUGUCCCUCCGGUGCCCGCUCCCUCGGCGCCAUCCCUCCGACAGCAUGGCAGUCCUUCGGCGCCGACCCUCUGACACCAUGGAGACGCAGAGACAACUGCCUCAAGUGUCCUUAAACCCAUCUGGCAUCAGCUUGUCAAGCCUGGAACAGGGCGUGCUGCUUUUCGUGAUGCGAGCCAAGAACUGGGUACGGCUUGGAGGUUUGGGAAUAAUUUCUGAGGCAAAAAAUUCUUGGUGGAUUUGAUGGCAUGUUCCAGCAAUCAACAGGAUGUGGUUUUGGGUGAUCAACUUUCUUUCUCACAGUUCGCAUCCUUCCUUCAUCUGCCAAACUACCUGACAAUACUUUUUGCCUUAUUUUGAAAGGUGUUUGCGAUGGUUUAACUGAACAAUUUCGUGGUUCUGUUUUUAGUUGUAAGGAGAACCUCUGGUGAAGGGGCAAAUCCCCGCGAGUCCCUGGAGUAGAAGAUUACGGGGAACGUGGAAACUGUCGGCCAAAAUUGUGUGUGAAAAUAAAAAGCAGAAUAGCUUCUUAGCUUCCUAUAAGAAA